GUCGCACUCACUCCAUCUCACCAUGCCUGCAACCACUCGCAGAGAAACACCAAGGACAUCCAAACCUCCCAGCGCUACAAAGCAGAAGACCACCCCGCACCCAGACCAACAACAUGACGAGAAGACCGAGAUCGAAUCACACCCAAAAGUAGGUGAGAAGCGAGAAGCUGAUAACGACGAAGGUGGAGCAGAAGAACCUCCCUCUAAAAAAGCAAAAUCCCAUGAAGAUGAUGCGAUUGACUACUCAUUCCAAGAAGGUGUCAUUGAGAGAGGUCACAUUUAUUUCUUCUACCGUCCAAAAGUUCAACACGAAGAAGCACAUUCGUUGGACCACGUUAAAAAUAUGCACAUACUUCUUGUCCCUCGUCCUCCAGUGUUCAGCGCUUAUGACCCACAAGUUGACAAGGUGAACGAUAAAGUCGUCAUAGAACAGGAGGGCAACCAGGAAAUGAAUUUAAUAUUGGAAGGCGCAGACGCACUACCCGCUCCGGAAUCUCGGGGUGUAUCGAAAAAGACUUUUCGACUCAUCACGAUUGGAAAGAAGAAGUUGCCUAAUCCAGAGGGAAGUGGUCGAAAGGAUACUUUCUGGGCAGUAGUCACCACCGUAGGAGACGAUCUUCACAGUCUCGAAUCUGGCUUGGGAGAAAAAACAUACGAAACUAAAACAAGAGGGACGAGGCAUGAAGAGCCUGUACGUCUUGCCGGGCGUGGGGCUUAUGCUAUUGCAAAUCAAAGUUCCACGACCCCGUCUUCGCGAGAAACUCAUCUUGGAUAUCAUCUCUCACAUCCUAACGAGCUUGGCGAUGUACAAAACGCUCUUGGCAUUCACCUUGCUUCUUCUUUCGUUUUACAGGUCAAGAAUCCUUUAGCACCCGCCACAGGGCCGCAGCGCAUUGGAUUGCCUAAGGGGCGACGUGCAGAAUAUUCCUCGAGCAUUAUGGAUCAGGUGUUUGGAAAGGGCACGCGGGGCCGCCAGUCGUACGGUCUAAGAUUUAGCGCGUGCAAUCACAUAGAUCUACUCAACCACAAGGGAGCUGAGCUACUUUUGAUUGCCGCUCGUACAGGGGCCAGUGGUAACGAUCAAAGUUUGGGUGAAGGACGAGGCGAAGCAUUGCAGGAGGCGGAGGAAAAUGAAGGGAAAGAACCCGUCGAAGAUGUCUUCAAGGAACUAGCAAUGGAUAAGGAUGUCUUUCCCGCUGAACCACUUCAAGGAGAAUGGAUCUAGCUGCCCGUGAACGACAUAAUCCGUAACGUACAAGUACCUAUCGAUAUUUAUCACUUUUCAUAGCAUACAACGAAGAAUGUGCCAACUGUAUAUAUGCAUAUGUAUUCAUCUAAAUGUCUAAGACUUACGCACCUAUAACAUCCUAACUUUGAUCUGAAAUGAUGACAGAAACUCCGUUGACCCCUAGGAAUCGCCUCCUCCAAUGUCAGGUAGAUCUGGUAUCAAUGAAUUGUUUGUAUGUGUUGAAAGAGUCGAAGGUAGCAUCAAUUGGCAUGAUCAAAGUAUCAAAUGGAGAAACAGUGCUAGUUGUUGGGGCACCAUCAGACGAGCUGUCAGUAUCAGAUGGAGUGAAAAAUACGUCGAGCGCAUUCGGGUCGGACGAUAUGGUGGAACCAUUUUGAGACGUCGCUGCAGCGAAAGGAGCAAUGGAACGGACUUCAGGGACACCAACGGACCGCUUGGUCCCUUGCCGAAGCACAACUGGCGAAAAAAUGACCGGUGCAUCGUUGGGGUUGGGAAAGUAGUGAAGUCCCCGCGUGAUUUUACUUUCCGGUACUUGAUGAUCGUUCCGAAGGUGUAAUAACAUCUCAGCCUUCCUCAUCGCAUCACCAACAGAACGCUGGCACAAUUUGCAUAUGUAGCUGAUAGCAUUGUCGUCAAACGCCACCAGCUUUUU